GCGGGGCUCUCCAGCACAGCCACGGCAGAGCCCGGGCAGGCUGGAACCAUGCUUUUCCUCUGGGCACUGGCAUUUGUUCUACUCCUGCAGGAGCAAGAUCCCUUAGCUGCUGGUGAUCCUGUCAGUAUGGUACCUGGAAGUUCGGAAAGAGGAAGCUGGUGUAAUGAACAUAUGCUGCAUGAACGCUUAGAUAUUAUUGAAGAGAAGGUAAUAAAAACAGUGGAGCACCUAGAAUCAGAAGUCAAAUCGCUCCUCAACAUCAUCAGUGAGACAACACUGAAUAUCCCCACUGUUCCAGGAACUCCACUUAUAGACGUUUUUGAUGAUACCAGCUGAGCACUGUGAAGACAGAAGACAGCUGAAUAUAACAGUGUGGUUGUCAUAAACAGUUGCACUUCUGAUCAUUUAAUAAGCUUGUGUUUCCAGAAUUCACGAAGGGUGAACAAUCCUCAGCUGUAGUUUGUCUUCUGUAUUGCUGUGCUUUAUAAUAAAAAGGAAUUUGCUUUCAGA